UCUAUCUAUCUAUCUAUCUAUCUAUCUAUCUAUCUAUCUAUCUAUCUGUCUGUCUGUUCUGACAUCUGAAUAAAAGUGAUGUUUGCGUUUGUUUCUUAAUAUUUGGGGGAUGUAUUCUGGCAUCAGGGAGCAGUUUUAUCAUCCAUGCGACAGAAUGUUUUAUUCUCAGUAGCAUCUGCUAAAUGCAUACGUGUCAAAAAUGGAAAUUAAAACAAUUAGAAUCACUUUUAUUUUAUUUUUCAUCCGUUUAUAGUCUCUUUGCUGCUUUGUUUAGUACACGUUUUUGUUAACGUUUCAAUAAAGUUCUGGAUUCAACAUAACAACAACAAAUCGGUGGUCGCGUUGACCAAUCACAGCCUUCCAUGAAAUGAAGCGUUGAAGCAAUCGUCAUCGCAACCGUUUGGCGCAUGCGCCUUCGGUCCACUUCCUGCUUUCUGACGGCUGCACAAAAACAGACACAUUUUCCGGCUCCUCUGUGUUUUCUUCUCUUCUUUUGGACGCUUUUUAGAUAAAUGUUUUAAAUCUUUUCCGCCCCCAUGCGCGCUCCCGUGUGCGCGGCGCUGCUGGUGUGGCUGCUGAGCGAUGCGGCGGCGCGAGACUUCACGGAGGAAGAGAUGGCCGCCGUCAGGCAGCGCAUCAAGUCCAUGUUCUACCACGCCUACAACAGCUACCUGGACCACGCCUUCCCCUACGACGAGCUGCGGCCCCUCACCUGUGACGGCCAGGACACCUGGGGCAGUUUCUCGCUGACCCUGAUCGACGCCCUGGACACGCUGCUGGUCCUGGGGAACCACACCGAGUUCCAGAGGGUGGCGUCCCUCCUGCAGGACGCCGUGGACUUCGACAUCGACGUCAACGCCUCCGUGUUCGAGACCAACAUCAGAGUGGUCGGGGGGCUUCUGUCGGCCCACCUGCUGGCAGGGAGGGGCGGCAUGGAGCUGGAGCCCGGCUGGCCCUGCUCAGGACCGCUGCUGAGGAUGGCCGAGGACGCCGCCAGGAAACUGCUACCCGCCUUCCAGACCCCCUCCGGGAUGCCCUAUGGGACGGUGAACCUGCUGCGGGGGGUCAGCCCCUCGGAGACGCCGGUGACCUGCACCGCGGGCGUGGGGACCUUCAUCCUGGAGUUCUCCGCGCUGAGCCGCCUGACCGGGGACCCCGUGUUCGAGGACACCGCCCGCCGGGCGCUCAGCGCCCUCUGGCAGACCCGCUCAGACAUCGGCCUGGUGGGGAACCACAUUGACGUCCUGUCCAGGAAGUGGGUGGCGCAGGACGCGGGGAUCGGCGCCGGCGUGGACUCCUACUUCGAGUACCUGGUGAAGGGCGCCAUCCUGCUGCAGGACCAGGAGCUGCUCAGCAUGUUCAGGGCCUACGACCGAGCCAUUCAGAACUACACCCGCUUCGACGACUGGUACCUGUGGGUCCAGAUGCACAAGGGAACCGUGUCCAUGCCGGUGUUCCAGAGCCUGGAGGCCUUCUGGCCCGGUCUGCAGUCGCUGCUGGGGGACCUGGACCGGGCGGUCAGAACCUUCCAGAACUACUACUCAGUGUGGAGGCAGUUUGGGGGCCUGCCGGAGUUCUACAGCAUCCCCCAGGGGUACACGGUGGAUAAGAGGGAGGGGUACCCCCUCAGACCAGGUGGGUUCUGGGGUCAUGUGACCCCCUCAGACCAGGUGGGUUCUGUGGUCAUGUGA